GGGGGGGGGGGGGGGGCUGUUGUCACCACUUGCCACCCAAGACGCAAUUCAGCAGCAGCAAUUACCAUUAUCUGUUUCCCACUUUUGGCUAAUCGGACGGAAUAUGCAUUGAUGAAGCGCGUUUCCUGCUGCCAUUGGGAGGUAGACGGGUUUAUUCUCCUAUGGGGUUACACCUACCCUCAUUAAGAUUUUGCCACUUGACUAAUUCAGGUACUUAGCAUCCUAUAACAGGGGCAAUCUGCACGCUGGCCUUGUUUGCCGUGCAAAGUAGUGUUUAUAUAAACAGCAUCACUCUGUAAACGACACUAAUAUUUGAGUUCCAUAUUUGAUGGUGCUCACAUCUCGGCUCGUGCUCCGGAGUCUACAGUUGACGCGUUGGGUAGCACGUCAGUAGCACCACCACUUCUUCUAUCAAGGAUCGUAUGCACUAACGGUUUAGGAUCGAAUGAUGUCGGCGCCUGCUAAAAUAAGUUUUACAGUGAGAAGCAUUUUGGAUUUACCAGAACAUGAUGCUGAAACCGCCCAUAACCAUUCUCCAGAAACCUACUCCAGCUUACCUUACACGGAAUGGUUAGACUCUGACAGAAACCAUUGCCUCUCCUCUGACGAAAGCAGCGCGGAGACUUUACCGGAUUCGACACAGAAAGAUGAACCGUCGUCCGAGACAGAGGCUGAGAAGAAGAAAAAACGACGAGUUCUUUUCUCGAAAUCCCAGACGUUCGAACUGGAGAGACGGUUUAGACAGCAGCGCUAUCUGUCUGCCCCAGAACGGGAGCAGCUCGCCCACCUUCUCAGCUUAACGCCAACGCAGGUGAAAAUAUGGUUCCAGAACCACAGGUACAAAAUGAAGAGAGCCAGGGCAGAGGGACACAUAGAUAUCAACCAGUCUCCAUUGAUUCGGAGAGUGGUGGUACCAGUUCUGGUUAGAGACGGGAAACCUUGUCAUACAUGUGUCAUCAACCCGGUACAUUAUCAGGACAAACAAAGUCUGCCCGCGUCAGCAGCUGCACACCCCACCUUCACACUCCACGGGUACCAGCAUCUGCAGCACCCGACACCACUGGCAUUAUUUCCCGGUUACCAGCACUUAUCUCACCCAGCAGGAACGAGACACCACUGGAGUUGGUAACGCAGACCCUUUGCGUUCAGACUUGAAUGAGACUGUUGGAGCUGUUUCUUUUGUGUAUGGGGAAGUUAUGAUGUGUACAGUUACACUUGUAUACUUGCCUUGUAUCGUUAGUGUAUGAGAUUUCCUUUGUACUGUAGGCAAUGAACUUUGAAAAUAUAUAUAUUUUCCCCAUUUCGGGAGACUUGUUAUGUGAACUAUCAAACUGGCAACCAAAAGGAUAUUGUAUUUUUGCAAGUUUAAAUGAAAUGUAAUAAAUUACUUUUUUUU